GUCUGGCAAGACUGCGGGCACCGAGUCGUCUGGCAAGACUGCGGGCACCGAGUCAACUGGCGGAACAGCGGGCAUAGAGUCAACUGGCAAGACUGCGGGCACCGAGUCGUCUGGCAAGACUGCGGGCACCGAGUCGUCUGGCAAGACUGCGGGCACCGAUUCGUCUGGCAAGACUGCGGGCACCGAGUCGUCUGGCAAGACUGCGGGCACCGAGUCGUCUGGCGGAACAGCGGGCACCGAGUCGACUGGCGGAACAGCGGGCACCGAGUCGUCUGGCAAGACAGUGGGCUCCGAGUCAACAGGCAUGACAGUGGGCACCGGGUCAUCAGGCUGAGUAGAGGCUUCAGGCUGAGUAGAGGCAUCAGGCUGAGUAGAGCUUCAGGCUGAGUAGAGGC